CUUAGCGCCGACCAUGUGACGAUCCAGCUUUCCUUUUCACUUCAGGUCUUCAUGCGCACGAUUCUGGACCUGUUAAACGUCUGCCUAGAAAUAAUAAAAUGGAGGGUACCAGCACGGGACCCAGACUCGAACAACUCAAGGGGGAUCCGGUUCUCAAGACUCAGAGUUAAUGAUUUUGAUUCUUGACUUCUGUACGCAUGAAGCGUCGAUGACUUUUGGCGGACCCUACUACUAAAUGCAAAAAAAACUGAAUCGCUAUCCGUACUACCGUUGAUCCUGGCAUCGUAUCCUACUCACGAAUGGCUUCUCUGCUACAUGGUGUUCUGAUAUAUGAGUGCUAUGCUGAUCGGCUUCUAUAUCAUGAUCUUCACCCCAUGCUCGUAUCUCGGUGACGGUUCAUCUGUAUUCCAGACUAUUGGCAGUUCCGGCUUUUCUCCUCAUAGCCACGUUCAGAUGCCACGCAACCGACUAGCUAUCAACUUCACCACGCCGCCCACCCUUUUCACGUCUAGUGCAUGUACAACUAUCAUGUCUCACUAUAUGUCGCUCCAUGCUUAUUCGUAUUCGUUUUGUUUCCAUUUGACUACUUCAAUCGGCUUUAUUCUCGAUGGCCUUGAAGGAGAUGCCCCCAGCUGUGCUUCUGCCAGUGCCCUGGGAACCUCCUAUCGUUACAGCGUCGUCUCUACUUACGCUGGCCUGAAUCAAAACGUGCAACCUUACUACACGGCCUACCUUCGAACUAGCCAAGAAAACGACGUCGUGAACCUCCGUUUCAUGCUUGAUACUCAAUAUCAGAGGUAG